UUCGUAUAUAGGUAAUUGCUACAACGUUUAUCUCUCUUUUCCGACUCGACACGUGCAACGUGUACGUAAACUGGUUCAGCGCUGGUCAGUUUGUAGAUAUAUAAAUUGAUCAUCUCGACCAGGGAAAAGUUUUAAACAAUGGCAAGUACCAAGACAGAUAAUCCUGAAAAGCCAGGACAAGAAAUUGCUCCUAUUCAUCGUAUUAGGAUUACACUUACUUCUCGUAAUGUUCGUUCUCUUGAAAAAGUAUGUUUGGAACUAAUUAAUGGGGCCAAGAAACAGAAGCUGAAGGUCAAAGGACCUGUUCGUAUGCCUACCAAGAUUUUAAGAAUUACAACUCGUAAAACUCCUUGUGGUGAAGGAUCCAAAACAUGGGAUCGUUUCCAAAUGCGAAUACAUAAAAGAGUUAUCGAUUUGUAUUCUCCAUCAGAAAUUGUUAAACAGAUAACAAGUAUUUCUAUUGAACCUGGUGUAGAGGUUGAAGUUACAAUUGCAAAUGAUUAAAUCGUUUGAAUGACACUGUGUAAAGUUUUAAUAAAAAUGUGAAAACUGAA